AUGACUGGAAACAACCAAAGUAUCAUCACCCAAUUCCUCCUUAUGGGCCUGCCCAUCUCCCCAGAGCACCAGCACCUGUUCUAUGCCCUGUUCCUGGCCAUGUACCUCACCACUGUCCUGGGUAACCUCCUCAUCUUCAUCCUCAUUCUCCUGGACUCCCAUCUCCACACACCCAUGUACUUGUUUCUCGGCAACUUGUCCUUCUCUGACCUCUGCUUCUCCUCUGUCACAAUGCCCAAGUUGUUGCAGAACAUGCAGAACCACGACCCAACCAUUACCUAUGCAGAAUGUCUGACACAAAUGUACUUUCUAAUGUUUUUUGGAGACAUGGAGAGCUUCCUUCUUGUUGUAAUGGCCUAUGACCGGUAUGUGGCCAUCUGCUUUCCACUUCAUUACACCAGCAUCAUGAGCCCCAAGCUCUGUGCUUGUCUAUUGUUGCCAAUGUGGAUGCUGGCCACAUUCAAUGCCAUGAUGCAUACCGUGCUUAUGGCUAGAUUGUCUUUUUGUGAGAAAAACUUGAUUCUCAACUUCUUUUGUGAUGUAUUGGCUCUCCUGAAGCUGGCAUGCUCGGACACUUACAUUAAUGAGUUAAUGUUAUUGAUCAUGAGUAGUCUCAUUGGUAUAAUACCAUUUGCACUCAUUGUUGUUUCCUACGUCAGGAUUGUCUUUUCUAUUCUCAAGAUUCAUUCUACCCAGGGUCUCCGAAAGCUCUUCUCCACCUGUGGCUCCCACUUGUCUGUGGUGUUUCUCUUCUAUGGGACAAUUAUCGGUCUAUUCUUAUGUCCAUCAACUAAUAACUCUGCUGUAAAAGAAACUGCCAUGGCUGUGAUGUACACAGUGGUGACACCCAUGAUGAACCCCUUUAUCUACAGCCUGAGGAACAGAGACAUUAAGGGGGCCCUGAGAAGAGUUAUCUUCAGUAACAAAAUCUCUUUAUCAUGGUAG